AUGUCUCCCGUUCAGCUCAUGCGUUUGUCUUGUCACAAACUGGUUUCUGUGAAUUCAGUUCGUACAACUCGUAUUCCAACUCUCACUUGCACUCGUUCAUUCAUCAACUUUCCAAAGAAAAUCCCUUUGGUUCUGACCAAGAGAGAUGUUGACAUUCAGGUGUUGGAACUGUUGCACAACUAUGCAAACGACUCUGACAAGGUCACUAUGAAUGCCAACAUGAUCAAAGAUUUACUCAUGGAUCGUUAUGACAGAUUUGGAUUCUAUACUGAUUUGAUUGAAAAGUUUGAUAUUGAUAUCAAUCCCAGCAGGAGAUUCUCUAGAGAUCUGGCUUCUGCACGUGAAGCUUCUGACUGGGCCGCUUCUUUUCUAGAACAAGAUGGUCGUCUAAUCUUUUAA